AUGGAAUAUUCUACGGGAACAAAUGGAUAUCGCGAUGAAGUAAAAUUCUACCAUCUGCCGCCUCCACCGCCUCCUGCAGGUGCCAGACCGCCUCCUGCAUAUGAUUCUAAUAGUACAUUUACUCCUAGCAAGACGGGAACGAUGAAAAGUGAAAAAAAUGGAAUAUCAACUAAUGGUCAAACUGAAAAUUACUAUGCUGCUACUGAUAUAGUAAAGACCGAAAGGCGGGAGCAGCAUUUCACACCCGGCAGAUUUACGACUAUCAAAUUACCAGAUGGUCCACCCCUGGAGGGUGUAGCCAGGCUAUUAGACUUUCCAAGGAGAAGGUUGAGGGCGCUGAAGAAAUUGGGAGAAGGAGCCUUCGGCACGGUCCAUCUUUGUGAAACAGAAGGCGUGUCGGAUUUUGGCAACUCGGCCUCCACGCUGCACAGGAAACAGCUGGUUAUAGUGAAAGCUCUUUGGAGGAAUACUUCAGAGCAAACUAAGCAAGAGUUUAUACGCGAGUGCACAUGGUUGGCCGGAGUGCGGGACCCGCAUUUGGCCCGAGUCGUCGGUCUCUGCGGUGACGAGCCGCCCUGUCUCUUGCUGGAGCAUUCCGAACUCGGCGAUCUGCCCGAGUAUCUCCGAUCUCAAACCGCCAAAGCGGAAAGUUCAACUUUAAGUUAUGGGUGCCUGAUCUAUAUGGCGACACAAAUAGCUUCAGGAAUGAAAUAUCUCGAAAGUCUAGAAUUAGUUCAUCGAGAUUUAGCUGCAAGGAAUUGCGUGGUUGGCAAAGAUUUGGCUGUAAAAGUGUCAGAUCAUGCUAUGUAUUGUGAUAAAUACGAAGGUGAUUAUUAUCGUAGUGAUACUAAAGCAAAGUUACCCAUUCGGUGGAUGGCUUGGGAAGCACUGCUAUUGGGGAAACAAACUCCAAAAAGCGACGUGUGGUCAUUCGCAGUGACUUUGUGGGAAUUGCUGACGUUGUGUGCUCAAAGGCCUUUAUCAGAACUUACUAAUGAGCAGGUUGUAGAAAACAGCAGUCGUUGGUACCGCGCCUCGGGGACGCAAAGAUUACCUCCUCGACCUGCGACAUGUCCACGGGAGUUGUACGACUUGAUGGCCGAAUGUUGGAAGAGAUCUGCCGCAGACAGGCCCCGUUUUUCAGAGAUACACCUGUUCUUGCAAAGGAAAAAUUUGGGCUACGCGCCGACACACGCCUGAGGCGGGAUGCGUCUUUGGAGGACGAAUACAGUUCGAACCUGAUAGCGACCUCCUCCUCUAGAAAGAAAUGGACGUUCGUACAACCGUACGUAUAAAAAAUAGAUAUAAUAUUUGUAAAUUUCUAAAAUAAUAUAUAAUUUACUACGACUGAGCAUAUGACGAAGAGCUGAGAGUUAUUAAAGUAUAAGUAACCAUUAAAUCUAGAUAUUUAAUAUAAUCCAUAAACAUCUCCGUGCCAAUACAUCGAGAUUUGUAUUGAAAUUUUCGGAUUUAAUUUAUUUAUUUAUUAUUUUAUUUAUUCGAUGAAGUUUUAGGCAGGCCCGGUAACUAUUGUCAUAUUUAUAAGUAUCACAAAAGCUUACUAAACGUAGGUGAUUAGAAUUAUGUAAAUACACAAUAAUGUUUCACGUUAGUGAUCGAUUUAAAAUUGUAGUAGUCUGAAAUGAUUUAAUAUAUGUUUAAAAAAAUC